CGGUAAUACGAUUCCAAUUGAGUUUCCCAUCUCUUCAAAAUUAUAUUUGGUUUAUCCAGAUGAUAUUCGUUUCCGGGUGCACUUUCUAUCGCAAUCCGGUUUCUUGCGGUUCGGAAUAAGGACCGGGGGCGGGGGCGGGGGGUCUACAAGAAAGCCCCAAAACCCGAACUCCAACAGGUUUUUCAAGCGAAUUUUUAGGUGGUCUUCACUGCACCGCGCUCCACCGUGGCGCGAUUCUGACUGAGUUAGCAUAGUAGCUAACAAAAUGUAUUUAUACUCCACCCAUCUCCAACCGGCUGAAGCGACUAGUCAAUACCCCAUAGUUAGGGGUGAGCUGUAAAACCCAACUUCUCUAUUGGACUUUUCCGUUCAAUUCCUCCCCAUCCACCCCGCUGGAAGAUUGCAUUGGGAGGGCCAUAACAAGAAGAGUGUACUCUGGUAGGAACCCAGUUUCGGAUUCGGGAUUUAAGGCCCACAAAGGGGUUGGGGGUUUAAACCACAAUCAUUUGAUCCCUAAACCCGCCAUGCCUGGCUUCUCGGUCAGUGUUUUGGUCACCUUUAAUAAAAAUGUUUGCCUUUUAUUUUAUGUAAAUAGUGGCAGUUCUUGAAUUUGGCUUUCUACCUCAACACUCCAUUUUCAUUCUCCUCCCAGACGUUUUAACACUAGCAGUAUCUGACGGCCCUCGUCUCCCCUUAUCCAUCAUCAACCUCGGUGCGCAGCGCACUGUGGUCAUCUCUCGCGGGGGGAAAUAUAAGAAAAUAGGAACCACCUUACUCGGACAAAGCGAGGCUCCGACAAGAGAACAGCGAUCUGUAUUCCCUUUCCAAGUAGCAAACGAGCUCUGUGGCAAUCGAAUCCUCAAAACAGACCGGGCUCCGGUGCUCGCCAUGCCCGGCCCGGCGGCCGGCAGUAAAUCUCGGGUGUAUGCAGAUGUCAACACGUUGAAGAGCAGGGAAUAUUGGGACUACGAAACCCACGUGCCUAACUGGAGUAACCAGGAAGACUACCAGUUGGUGCGGAAGCUUGGCAGAGGGAAGUACAGUGAGGUCUUUGAGGCCAUCAACAACAAUGACAAGGUGGUUGUCAAGAUCCUCAAGCCUGUCAAGAAGAAGAAAAUCAAGCGUGAAAUCAAGAUCCUGGAGAAUUUGCGAGGUGGAGCAAACAUCAUCCGAUUGGUGGACACAGUGAAAGACCCUGUGAUUUUUUCCUCUAUUUGUCCUCUCUCUCAAACCUCUCUACAGUCCCGAACGCCUGCGCUUGUCUUUGAAUGCAUCAAUAACACAGAUUUUAAGGAGCUCUACCAGAAGUUAACAGAUUUUGAUAUCCGUUUUUACAUGUAUGAACUACUUAAGGCUCUGGACUACUGCCACAGUAUGGGGAUAAUGCACCGUGAUGUCAAGCCCCACAAUGUGAUGAUUGACCACCAGAUGAGGAAGCUACGUCUAAUAGACUGGGGCCUUGCAGAGUUCUACCAUCCUGCACAGGAAUACAACGUCAGAGUAGCAUCUCGCUACUUUAAGGGACCUGAGUUACUGGUGGAUUACCAGAUGUACGACUACAGUUUGGACAUGUGGAGUCUUGGCUGCAUGCUUGCCAGUAUGAUCUUUCAGAAAGAGCCCUUCUUCCAUGGCCAGGACAAUUAUGACCAGCUAGUCCGAAUUGCCAAAGUCCUGGGGACAGAUGAACUUUUUGGUUACCUGCGCAAAUACCACAUUGAACUGGACCCACGCUUCAAGGACCUUCUUGGCCAAAGCAGCUUUGGCGGUGAUUACACCUGUGAGUCUUUCUGGGGGCUCCCGAGUGGUGCGGCGGUCUAAGACACUGCAUCUCAGUGCUUGAGGCGUCACUACAGACACCCUGGUUUCAUUCCAGGCUGUAUCACAACCGGCUGUGAUUGGGAGUCCCAUAGGGCGGCGCACCAUUGGCCCACGUCGUCCAGAUUUGGCCAUUGUAAAUAAGAAUUUGUUCUUAACUGACUUGCCUAGUUAAAUAGCAAAUCAAAUGUUCAUAUUUUUUUAUUAUCUAUGCGUAGCCUACCUACAUGUACAAAUUACCUAGACUAACCUGCACAUUGACUCGGUACCGGUUCCCACUGUAUAUAGCCUCAUUAUUGUUAUUUUAUUAUUUUAUUUGUAUUAUGCACAGGCUUCCUUAUUUUCACUCUUUAGGUUAGUAUUGUGGAGUAACUACAAUGUUGUUGAUCCAUCCUCAGUUUUCUUAUAUCACAACCAUUCAAAUCUGUAACUGUUUUAAAAUCACCAUUGGCUUCAUGUUGAAAUCCCUGUUUUUUUUUUUACACUUCUACCAAUCGGUGCCCUUUGUGAGGCAUUGAAAAACCUCCCUGGUCUUUGUGGUUAAAUUUGUGCUUGAAAUGUAUUUCUCGAUUGAGGGACCUUACAGAUAAUUUAAUGUGUGGGUACAGAGAUGGGCAGUCAUUCAAAAACCAUGUUAACCACUAUUAUUGAACACGGAAUGAGUCCAUGCAACUUAUAAUGCUAUUUGUUAAGCACUUUCUUUACUUCUACACUUAUUUAGGCCUGCCAUAACCAAGGGGUUGAAUACUCAUUGACUCAAGACAUUUCAGCUUUUCAUUUUGUAUUAAUUUCUAAAAUGUUCUACAAACCAAAUUCCACUUUGACAAUAUGGGGUAUUGUAUGUAGAUCCGUAACACAAAAUCUCAAUUCAAUCCAUUUUAAAUUGGGGCUGUAACACAACAAAAUGUG